UAUUGUUAUUUAAGUUUACCGAUUUUAACUGUAUUCUUUGUUCGUCUUGGGAGAAAGAGAGCGGUUCUCUCUAAUGUACCGACAAAGAGUCCGCUUUGCUCGUCUCGGAGACAUCACACGACCAGCGACCCGACUCUACAGCUGGAAUAAACAAGUGUCUGGGUAGCGCAAUAUACAAGUGUCUGGGUAGCGCUAGUAUAUAAGACCAGCGGCUUCAGCACCGUUAUUCCAGUCCAGAAGAGCAAGAGACAGAGAUGCAGAAGAUGAUGUUGGCGUUUUUAAUUUUAACCACUGUAGCAGUCGUUAGGUCGUGCAGUAUUACAAGUGAGACUUUGCACUGCAGUAACUUGCAACAUGCCGUUUCAACUUUGCAAAGAGGCAUCAGAGUUUCCAUGAUGUCUAUCGACAAUGCAGCGACCACAGGCCAGAUGAUAGACUUGAGCAGAUUCCCCACACUCCAGAAGAUCCAGAUCCUAAAUACAGAUAUGACGUGUGAUGACUUUAAACUGACCAGGGGCACAACACUCAUGUUGAAAGACAAAUUUUGCAAGUAUUUUGGUACGACAGAGGCUAGCUACGACACAACAAAAUCGUUGACAUCUGUCCUUACCGAAUCUGCAGCGGUGGCAUUUAACAGUCCCUGGAUCAUUGCGACGGGGAUCAUGACAGGCCUUGUAGUGAUCUGUGUUAUAUGCGGAACUGUUCUGUUGAUUAGGAGACUUUUCCAAAAGAGAAAUUCUCUAAUUCGUAUUGACACUGAAUCCGUGCAAGAAUUUAAUGUUCAGGAGUUUAGCAUCAUGCGAGAAUUUAAAUCCACCCCGCCGCCGCAGCCAGUCCGCGCAAUUCGCCGCUCAACGAGGAUCCGAAAAGUGCCACAGCGUUACGGACAUUGA